AUGGCUCGUAUUGACCUAAAUACCGUGGACACACUGCAAAUGUACGACCCUCGGGCAUCCACAGUUGAUCGGAAGACAGUGAAGGGGAAAAUCCUCGGUGGUGAGAUUUUUGCCGACUUCAGUCAGACCGAACGUGCCGCCAUCUGGAAGAAACUACGGUCCCAAGAAGCGUGUGACGGCAUCAUACCAUCCCUUCAUACCUUAUUCCGCGACAUUACCUACCUAGAACUCUGCGCCAAUGCCGUGAAACGGUUGGUUGUUCUCAAUAAGCAACGCCCCACGGUUCGGAGUGCACUGGUCCACAGUUUUCGAUCCCGCCGUGCCGAUCGUGACUGUCGGAUCCAGACCUCCGACACUACUUUCCGUCGCCAACCUGGACCCAGUGACGAACAUCUCACGUCUGGAUACCGUCAAAUUUGGAUGUACGCCAUGCGACAUUACCCGGAGAUGGCCAAGGAUAUUCAGGGCGGCCCGAGGGCCAACCCUACGCGGGCAAAGGCGCGAGCGAAGGCCGACGAGAGCGUUAUCCAUGCUAUGGCUGCUCUUGCAAAGAAGCUAGGAUUUCGUACUCCACAAAUCAAGGCAAUCUUAAGACAAUCACCUGACCAGCAGAUUGCUCGGGCUGCCCUGCUCAAAGCACGGAAGCCGGAUCACUAUCACUAUGACAGUGGAACCUUCGAGUCUCUUAUCGAGCAGAUUGCUGGUUGUUUUGCGCUUGCUAUCCCAAACGAGGCCGCCCCAGUGGCACAUAUCACUGGCUGGGCAAUUAAGCUAAAGGACCGCUGUGGAGCGCCUCAGGAGCAAACCCAGCAACUAGACCGCCCGCAUAUCUUCUUGGACACACUGCACUCGGCGACGGUGUUGCAGAGAAACCUCUCAUCCCUGGAGGUGAGACGAAGCGUUUACUAUGCCUUUUUUGGCAAGUCCUCCCCGACAACCCCACAAAGUGCUUCACAGGGGCAAUCAUCAUCCAACGAUCCUCUUUCACCGUUGUUUGUCCCCAGUGUUCUGUCGAGAUCACCGGAAUCGGCCUACGACCAUAUGUCGACAAGCGGGUUUGAUGAGGGGUCAUUCAAUGGCCGUCGGGAUCGGUCAGAACCUCCCGAAGGACCACGCCAGAGGCAAGAAGACAGACGGCGUCAACGGCAAGAUAGACAGCAGGCGGUAGAGCGCGGCUCACCUGUUCCCCAAGAGUCCUCCAUUCAAAGUUCCAUAGGAGGGGCAUCUACUAUCUCUGAGGUCAUGGAUAUGUAUUGGGAUAGCUCUGACGCGGAUGAUCAGCCCCGACCGGAGAAUGUCGAGAGACAGCCGGAAGCUAGCGGAGGAAUGGAUUCAGACAUUGAGGAAGGUGAAUGUACAGAGAUCGAUGAAGAAGACCUGCUUCGCCGAGCGGAGGAUGGGAGCCCUAUGGUAGAGGGCGCGGCUGCUGUGGACCAUUCGACUUUAGGGGCGCCACGAGAUACCGAUAUGUCAAGCAUACCGGAAGAGGGAGCAGGUGCGGUGGACGUGGACGGGGAUAUGGACACUUCCGUGCGGACUCAAUCAGCGCCAGUGGAAGAUCGCGCUGGAAUGCCAACUACAUUAUCCCGCCAGUCCGGCGUUACGCCGCCGACCUCCCAGAAAAGGAGUAUGGAUGCAAGAUGGAAACCAUAUGAAGCUGCACAGAAAGGCAACCGCAAUGCGACCAAAAUAUCACAUGCCGCUCAAGGACAACCCAUCGCAGAGCACACAGAGCAGGAAAUAGCUUGGCCAGUCGGCGAGCCGGAUGGUCGCGAAGAUAUUUCUGGAGGACCAUUACCAGUUGAGGCUCAGGAAGGAAGAGCAGGAGAGCAAAUGGCGCAUGGAGCGGAGCUCAUCGCGGGAGCGGGUGAAGAACUCCGCCAAGACGAUCGAGUAGCUCGGGAGCGCGCAGGUGCUCUUGCUCAGCUACAAACACCCGGGGCCAUGGAGGAUCAUACCCCCCGGCCCGUGACUGAGCUCCCCGCUGACUUGCCGAGUCUGAUUACACGAUUGCGGGAAGAGGGAAGCCAGCUGGGUGAUGAAAGUAUAAUUCCCGACAAAAAUAAAACGCAGGAGUUUCCUGAAUUGGAGCCGGCCACUGUUGAUCAUCUGGACGGUGUUGGGGGCGGGACCGCGGAGGGUGUUGUUAAACCGGGGCUUUCUCAACAAGAGACUGAACAACACAGAGCGGAUCUACCCGAUCCAGAACAGGCUCAGCGGCAGGCAAUUGAAAGGCAGGAGGGCGAGGAUCUCCUAUUUGAUGUUCCUGUGCUUGAAGAACCAGCAGACCAGGCAGUGGAAGGAAGACCAACCCUAGAAGGUGCCGAUGCUCUUCACUCUGAAAGUAUGCAUGAAGGUCUUUCCAGUGGUGUGCAGCCAGAGCGGAGGGUCACAGUCACAUUCUAUGUCUACGAGCGACAGGCAUGGAAAAAGAUGGAUAUGGUCUCUGUGAGCCCUACUCAACUCGCUGAGGCGCAGAUAAUCGCCGACCGAUAUGCACGAGAUCCCAGCCAAUAUGCGCGCUUUUACGAUGGUCGACUACGCAAAGUUGCCGUUGAUGAGUGCGUUCGCGCAGCGAUUGACGACGGUAGUUUCACCGUCCUUAUGAGUUUUGGAAAGGAUCUGAUAGUAACUCGGCAUCUUGUCGCGUCUGUCGCAGAAAUAUUUAAGACUGCUGGGAAUGAAUGGCGCGAUCCAUAUCACCCUGAAAAACGGUUAAAAUCAAACGCCGGAGCCCCGUCGGCUGGUCCCGUUCAAACGCGAAAGGAUGCAAUUUCAGGAAAGACAGAGCGACGUGGAAGAAAAAUACCGGCGCGAAUAGCCACCCGACCGCACCAGGAUGUGCGGCCCAAUCGGGCGGAGGCAGAUUCUCAGCCUGUUACCAUCGUGUUUUGCGCGCGAGAAAAGAACGGACAUUGGAAGACGGUCCAUGAGGUCCUUUUUGACCGGACCGACCCAUCGCAGGUGGAACGAGUGGCAAGGAAAGAGGCGAGAAACCGGCAGGCCACAUUCUAUGAUAAGAACCUGCGAAAACUUACUCCAGCCCAGUGUUUUGAGGCGGCAAUUGAGGAUGACACAAAUAAAAUCUUUAUGAAUUUCGGGGGAGAGCUUGCGGUGGACGAAGAGACAAUAGAGUCGAUCGCACGCGAAGUGGAACUGUGA